ACGUGAUGCACUCAAAAUUCUAAUAAAUCUUUCAUAUAUACAUUUAUUAUGAAAUGUCGUAACGUGUUUAGACACAACUCCAAUAAUGGUUUACGGCAUCUAACUUCCGGUUGCAGCAGACGACGAAAACAAGACUCAUUUCAGACGCUUGGGAAUAAACAGCCAGAAUUAGUAGUCAUGAACAACAGGGCAAGAGGAAGGGGAAAGAAAAGAAAAUGUCCCUCAAAAGGGCAGGAAAGUAAGUACUCACAGGAGGAGGUUGUAACCAACAAUGAAGAAUUCAAGCAGACGGAUUCUCAGAUCAGGGUUGUCCCUUCGUUUAUCAAGAAGAAAAAAGUAGCUAUCCCUGCACAUGAAAGAAUACAUGAACA